CCCGCACAUCCUACCAAUUCGGUGGAUUGAAUGGAAUUUCUGGUCGUCAAUACGGUGUUAUGUCGCUGCCUGCAGCGAGACGGGACGGAACGAUGGCCAGAUAUACUCCCUGGUCAUAAGAGACAAAUGAAUAUGAUAUCAUGGUCUUUCUAACGGUACUGGGACGGAUCGUCUCUGCAGGCGAUCAUAAUCGUGACGGUGUUAAGACGAGCCAACCCAAGGAGGGGCGACGAACAGGCAAUCUGGGGACAACAUCUGGACUAAGACGGACUAAGGGGCCCAUCCACCAGUCAUAUUGUGAACCCACAGCCGGAAACUCAGUGCGGGGCUCGUCGUGGCUUGACAUCAUGAGGCCGGUGGAUACAGCUCUCCACUGGCUGCGAUGCGGAUGGCCUCGCCCCCCAGGACCCGGACAGUGAUCUGCAGGCUAGAGACCAGACGAAACCCGACCACGACGCUGUGCCCAGAAUGAUCCAAUGAUUAUCAUCGGGAAUGAUUCAUAACGUUCCGACAAAUGGUUCUGGGGAUGGUUCACAUGGGCCGAGCGCGGGCCCAUCCGACCAGGAUAGAUAUAAACCCCUGGUCCUGGAUGCCUGUGUCACACUCGCCCCACGGGUUAAUUGUCACCAAAAUCACCACCCAGUCACCCAUCAUAACGGAGAAAGUACCAUCUAACUCCAGUCUUCCACCAUGAGCGUCCAAGGGAACCCCAAGGACUCGAUGAAGUCGACGUGGCGCCGCCAGGACCGCGGCGACUGGACCAUCUUCCACUGGUUCUACGAGCUGCUGGGCAUCCAUCCGGUCUCGUUGGAUAAAGAGGUCCCCGUCCACAGCAAAGACGAAAAGGUGCCCUACACCCCGGAGUGGCAGCUGCACCGCUGGGUGAUCGUCCAUUCCGCCAUCCCCCUGAUCCUCCACCACUUCUACACCGUCUACACCGGCCACAAUCUGAGUCCCUUCGCCGCUUUUGUCUUCUACUCGGCGGCCUUCAAGCUCAUCGCCAUCCACGAACUGCAUGCCCUGCGACGUAUUGGCCAUAAGCUCGGAUUCCUUGACGGCGAUCUCCACGAGCGGGACGGCGUGCCCGACGUGGGCGUCGCCAAGGUCGUCCACUCACUGAUCUCCACCUCCUCCAUCCGGCCCAUCUUCACCGUCCUCCUCAGCUACCGCUCUAGCCAUUCCCCCGCCGACAUGGCCUGGGGCUGGCUGCCCCUCGAGGCCGGCCUCUACGGCAUUAUCCUUGACUUCUGGUUCUACUGGUAUCACCGCCUGAUGCACGAUGUCGACGCCCUGUGGAAGUACCACCGCACCCACCACCUCACCAAGCACCCUAACCCGCUCUUGACCCUCUACGCCGACUUUGAGCAGGAGUUUUUCGACAUUGCCGGAAUCCCGCUCAUGACCUACUUUACCAUGAAGCUCAUGGGUAUGCCCAUGGGUUUCUACGAGUGGUGGGUCUGCCACCAGUACGUCGUUUUUGCCGAACUCGCCGGGCACAGUGGACUGCGCCUGCACAGUGUUCCUCCCAAUACCCUCAGCUGGGCCCUGCGCCUGUUCAACGCGGAACUGAUCAUCGAGGACCACGACCUUCACCACCGCAAGGGUUGGAAGAGCAGCGCCAACUACGGCAAGCAGACCCGUCUGUGGGAUCGGUUGUUCGGAACCUGUCGAGACCGUGUCGAAUGCACGCCAGAUAAUAUCGACUGGGAUCACAAGGUUGACAUGCCUCUUUUCUGAGAGAGUGAACGAAGUAAGCGAUGUGGACGAUGAUGGAUACAGAUUGUACAGAUGGCCUGGUCCACGGUGUGGAUGCCAGGUCAUGGAACGUGAGAUGGUAAACACAUGAUUUCCCGGCGUUAUUUUCUUUGCGUUGAAUCCGCCAGCCGGAUUUGCUGGUAGAGUAUU